UUCACACGUGUUGCACCGUCACCUCUUCAUAUGCUCUCUCUCUCUCUCUCUCUCUCUGUGAAUUCUGUGCCUCUGAAGUCUCUCCGUCCAAGCAGAAGCAGCUUAGCUUCAUUUGGUUCACCAUGGCUGGGAAAAAGAGAAGGAAGCUGAAAUCGCUAGCUGAAACAAACACUGAAAGCAAAAGAAUGGCAUUGAAAGGGAAGAGAGAGAAAUCGGAGUUACAGACUUGGUCUGACCUUCCUACAGAACUUUUGGAAUUGAUUGUAUCCGAACUAACGCUAGAGGACAAUGUCCGUGCCUCUGUUGUUUGCAAGAGAUGGCAUUCAGUUGCAACUUCUGUCCGGGUGGUAAAUCAGUCACCAUGGCUAAUGUACUUCCCAAAAUAUGGUAACUUGUAUGAAUUCUAUGACCCAUCACUACGCAAGACGCAUUCCAUUGAGCUGCCUGAGUUGAAUGGGACUAGAGUUUGCUACACUAAAGAUGGUUGGUUGUUGCUAUACAGACCCAGAUCUCAUCGUAUGUUCUUCUUUAAUCCCUUUACUCGUGAAGUGAUUAAACUGCCAAGGUUUGAGUUGACUUAUCAGAUUGUUGCCUUCUCUUGCGCCCCAACAUCUACAAGCUGCAUGCUUUUUACAGUUAAGCACAUCAGUCCCACUAUUGUUGCUGUUAGCACUUGCCAUCUUGGGGCGUCAGAGUGGGUUACUGUUAAUUACCAAAAUCGCUUGCCUUUCGUUAGUAGUAUUUGGAAUAAGCUUGUCUUCUGCAAUGGACUGUUUUAUUGUCUCAGUCUCACUGGUUGGCUAGGGGUCUUUGAUCCACUGGAACGUAUUUGGAGUGUUCUUGCCGUGCCUCCACCCAAAUGCCCCGAGAACUUUUUUGCCAAAAACUGGUGGAAGGGCAAGUUUAUGGCCGAGCAUAAAGGAGAAAUAUCAGUUAUUUAUACUUGUUCCAGUGAAAACCCCAUCAUGUUUAAGCUGGACCGGGUAAACAUGGUAUGGGAAGAGAUGAAAACCCUUGAUGGUGUCAUCCUUUUUGCCAGUUUCUUGUCUUCUCAUUGCAGAACUGACCUUUAUGGAUUGAUGAGAAACAGUGUCUACUUCCCUAAAGUUCGAUUCUAUGGUAAGCGUUGCAUAUCAUACUCUUUUGACCAUCAUAGAUACUAUCCACGUAAGCAGUGUCAUGACUGGGGAGAUCAAGAUCCUUUUGAAAAUAUCUGGAUUGAACCACCCCAAAAUUUCUCAAGCUUCACCUGAAGAAAUCUAGCUGCACAAGUAUGUUCUAUAGUUGAGCAUUUAGAGAAUCUUUAUUAUAUAUUUAGUCACAACUCCCUUGGAUGGAAAGCUAUAUUGGUUUGAAUUUCUGUAUAAGCAGUUGCCCACAAGGUGACUUUAAUAUACUCCUAGAAGAACUCUUAUUGGAGUUCUGUUUUCUUUCAACACAAAUGUUAAUCCGACGUUUGAUUUCACAACCAGUAUUUUCAUAUAAAACUAAGUUUUUCAGGAUA